AUGGCACCCUGCUGCAAGGGCCUGCGCUCCCCCGAGGGCUACCUCUGCCUCCGUGGGCAGGCCAGAGGUUCGAGACCUCCUGGCCCCCUGCGGCCAACGCCAGUCAUGUCCCUGCAGAGGAGGCAAAGAUGGUGGCCCCUGAGGACGCACAUAGUGGGCCUGUUGGGCAACGCUCUGGUCAUCAUAUUCGUGAUCCUGCGCUAUGCCAAGAUGAAGACGGCCACCAACAUCUACCUGCUCAACCUGGCCUUCGCGGACGAGCUGUUCAUGCUAAGCGUGCCGUUCGUGGCCUCAUCGGCUGCCCUGCGCCACUGGCCCUUUGAGUCAGUGCUGUGCCACGCGGUGCUCAGUGUUGAUGGCCUCAACAUGUUCACCAGCGUCUUCUGCCUGACGGUGCUCAGCGUGGACCACUAUAUAGCCAUGGUGCACCCACUGCGUGCCGCCACCUGCCGGCGGCCCUGCAUAGCCAAGCUCAUUAACCUGGGCGUGUGGCCGGCCUUCUUGCUGGUCACCCUGCCCAUUGCCAUCUUCGCCAACACCAGGCCAGCAUGGGGUGGCCAGGCCAUAGCCUGCAACUUGCACUGGCUGCACCCGGCCUGGUCUGCAGCCUUUGUGGUCUAUACAUUCCUACUGGGCUUCCUGCUGCCCGUUCUGGAUGGCCUGUGCUACCUGCUUAUUGUGAGCAAGAUGUGGGCGGUAGUAGUGGAGGGCGGCUGGCAGUAGUGGAGGCGCUUGGAGAAGAAGAGGCUGGUGUUGACAGUGGACUCCAUCUUUGUGCUCUGCUGGAUGCCUUUCUACGUGGUGCAGCUGCUGAACCUGUUUGUGACCAGCCUUGAUGCCACUGUCAACCUGUUUGUGACCAGCCUUUAUGCACUGUCCCUCAUCCUUGGCUACGCUAACAGUUGUGCCAACCCCAUCCUCUACAGCUUCCUCUCUGACAAUUUCCGCCGCUCCUUCCAGCAUGUUCUAUGCCUGUGCUGCUGCCUGCUGGGUGCAGCUGGCGGGGCAGAAGAAGAACCCCUGGACUACUAUGCCAUGGCUCUCAAGAGCAGAGGUGCGGCAAGAUGCAUAUGCCCACUGCUCCCCUGCCAGCAGAAGACAGUGCAACCAGAAGCCAGCUGCAAUCACGUACCCCUCACUGGGACCACCAACUUCUGA